AUGACUACAACUGUAAUGAAAGUGGAAACUGAAACGGAAACAUGUUCCGUUUGCGGCGGCGGCGGCGAUCUAUUCACUCCCGAAGAACAUGACGCGGGCGCACCGCCAAUGCAAGUCCCCUUGCGGGCAAUGCUCUUGCACAUUAAUAACAAUAAGGUGGUCCCGGAAGGUAGAUUAUGUGUGAGCUGUAUCCGUCGUGCUAUCGAAGCGUAUGAGUUCAGUACGGCUCUUGGUACCAGAGCAGUACCGCCUUUGAGUGAAAAAAUACGUGCCUUACGAAGAAGACUGCAUGAACUGACACAGAAAAUAGAUGUUUUCAUAGUAGUAGGUGGACCGGGAGUGAACUCCGGAGGAGCGUACAGUGAAGAUGAUAUUAUUAUGGUGGAGCGAGACGCCCUGGCUGCGGCGGCCGCUGCGGAUGAUGAGGAUCUUGAGAAAGCUAGAAAUGCGUGUGGGGAGACUGUGUAUCAGUGCUCUAUAUGCCCAAUGUCAUUCCAACAAGCGAGCGAGUACCGCGCGCACAUCGCGAUCCACCCGGGCGGCGCGCGCCACUCGUGCUGGGCGUGCGGCGCGCAGUUCAACAGCCGCGCCGCGCUCCGCGACCACGCCGCCCUGCACGGGGUCGAGCGCGCCAACACCGACCUCGCUGACAGCUCGUGGGCGUGCGGCGCGUGCGGGCGCGCCACGGGCUCGCGCGGCGCGCUGGCGGCGCACGCGGCGGCGCACGUGUCGCCGACACACACCUGUACACUCUCGUGGGCGUGCGGCGCGUGCGGGCGCGCCACGGGCUCGCGCGGCGCGCUGGCGGCGCACGCGGCGGCGCACGUGUCGCCGACACACACCUGUACACUCUCGUGGGCGUGCGGCGCGUGCGGGCGCGCCACGGGCUCGCGCGGCGCGCUGGCGGCGCACGCGGCGGCGCACGUGUCGCCGCCGCUGCUGUGCGCGCUGUGCCUGCGCGCGCUGCCCGACCGCGCCGCCGCCGCCGCGCACGCGCUGGCGCACCGCCAGGCCGAGCGCUUCGUCUGCGGCUACGACGCCUGCAUCCUGCGCUUCUCCACCAGAAGUGAUCUGCUGGCGCAUAUUCGCAAGUGCCACGCGGGCGCCGCGCCCGAACCCGCGCCCUCUGUGCCCUCCACCACCUGCCCGCAGUGCGGCCGCACGUUCGGCUCCGUGGCUGCCAUGAAGCGACACGCAAGAGUGCACCGCAAGGAAAUCCAACAGGAAUCGGACUGGCAGAUUGACGGUGGGGUGGUGGAGACCCUCGACAUAGGGGAAGGAGAGGUUUUAGAGGGGGAUGUCGAGUACCUGGAGGUGGAGGCUCUGGACGACUUCGAUGAUGACCGACGAGACUCAGGGUACUGAUGUUCUUUCACCGUGUCAGGACUGCCUGGACCUAAAUCUGAGAAAGUGCAACUGAAAACUGCAGUUAAUAUUUUGCCUAUCAACUUGUUUCAUGAAAAAUUCUUUUAUUAUCUCAUCAUAUCAUUCUUCUAUUUCUUUCCUUAUCUCAUACAAACCAAACAAAAAUUAUAACCAGAUUUUAGAAUGGUAUAAUGUCCUAAAUCACAAUUCUAAAUAUAUACUAAAUAUUGCUGCUACUUGACGAUGUGUCAUUAAUUAAAAAUAUUCUCUGUUCUCAAUCUCAAUCAAAUUAUGAUUGACCAGACCAGUCAACCAUUCAGACAUUGA